CCAGACUGCAUUCAGUAACCGCUAUUGCUGCGAAUCAGGAGUGUAGUUCACGAUCGGACAUCUUUUUGUAUUUUCGACGCGGCGAUUUAGUUCUUCACCGGUAACAAUCGGGAUGUGUGUUGGCUUUUUCUGCUGUAAAUUCAGACUGAUUGCCAUUGCUGUAACCAGUAAACAGUUAUAUUCAAUUGAUCCAUUGACCGGAAUCCAAAUUACGGAUCUUCUUUUGAUAAUCGGCCUUCGUAAUUAAAAUCGUACUCCAUACCACGGAUCAUGCAAAUGGAUAUGUCUAAUUCCCCAACAUCCCCUAAAUCUUCCACCGGCAGCGAGAAAGGCGAUGGUCACAUCAAGCGACCCAUGAAUGCCUUCAUGGUGUGGUCACGUGGACAACGCCGCAAAUUGGCCCAGGAAAAUCCCAAAAUGCACAACUCGGAGAUCAGCAAACGUCUAGGAGCGGAAUGGAAGAUGUUGAGUGACUCGGAAAAGCGUCCAUUCAUAGACGAAGCGAAACGGCUACGUGCUCUGCAUAUGAAGGAACACCCCGAUUACAAGUACCGACCACGACGCAAGCCAAAGACUCUGUUGAAGAAGGACCGCCCGCAGUUUCCCUACGGUGUCCCCUUUGGUGAUCCAUUCCGUUCCUUCAUGCCACAAAUGUCGGCCGUUAAUGAGAUGGAAAAAGCUCGCGCUUUCCUCCCACACGGCAGUCCAUACAGCAGUAAUUUUUAUUCAGCAGCCAGCAAUGAAAUGGCUAAACUGUCGGAAAUUGCCGCCUCAUCGGCAGCACAAUCGUCUAUGAUGAACGGGAUGAAUGCCGCUGCGGCGGUCAAUCCAGCGCUGUAUUCAUCCCAGUUCUACCACAAUCCACCUGCUGCCAUGUCCGCUUAUCUGCAUCCGGGUAUGCAGGCCGCUGCGGCGGUGGCGCAAGCCUGUAGUGGACAACCGAUGGGGGUCAGCUCGGCGGCCGCGACCGCAGCCAUGAACAUGAAGUACGACAUGAACGAGAGCCUCCGACGACCGGUGCCCUAUGUCUUUCCUGGACAGUAUCUCCGCGACUGACCAUUAUAAGCAACUCUAUGGAUUAUCGGCAAGUGCAGUGUGCAGACAAAUUUGUGGCCGGCGUAUUUCUUCCUGCAAUAACGUUUCAAAUGGGAUUAAAGCAUAACUGUGAGAUUUAAUUAAGCGAUUAAUUCUUUUUUUUGAUUACUUGUGUACAUCGGCUGUAUUUUUGUGUGUGCGUUAUGUUUGAUUUGUGGGAUUGGCGACAGAAGCAUCUGGCUCGUCUCUUGCGAUGGUGUCAUUUUCCUUAUGGAUUCCUUCUGUUGGUCGCAGCGAUAACUCGACGUGUCAUCGACAUACUCAGCGUUAACACUGAAACACAGCCGCUUUGUCAUCGAUUGAAAAUGAUACUCUCCUUGAGAUUAAUCGAAAUGGUGUGGCCGCGCGUGCGCUGCGGCCAACCAGAAAAUAAGGUUACAGUACUUGUGUGUAUAUCCAGUUAUUCAAUUGUUAUUUUCCGUUUCGAUGCUGUGUAUUAUUUGAUGUCGUCUUUGGUCGCGUUGAUGUUCCUAACUGUCUGUAAUACGGCUGUAUUUACAGGCAGCACAUUAUUGUUUUUUGAUUUCUUUGUCACACGUGAAAAGUUUAAGCAAUAAAAAUGGCGUUGUACCUGUA